UGAUCAAAAUUGCUUAAUGAAAGCAUAAAUUUUUUGGUUCCUGAUCUCUCUCACAUCACUUCUGCAGCGCAAUGAGCAACGGGAGUCACGCACUGCCACCAAACGGCGAUGGUGAUCACGAGGGGUCGUCCCCCUGGCUCGGCCUCAUGGACACGGAUGCGAUAGAGGACAACUUCACGGAGCACUAUGGCGCUGAGGAUGUGCGCGAUGAGCUGCGCCAGAUAAUGGCGCGCUACAAUGACGCUCUCCCUGGUGCCCAGGAUGUCAAUGCAGAGGUAAGCAGAUGGCAGUCCCUGGCUCAGGAUGACAACAAUUCGGCGGCCUCACUGUCGGAUACCGGCUCCGUGCUGACGCUUAACCCGUCGCCGGCCAGCACCAACAUUGCCGAGCAGUAUGAACGACAGGAUCAUGAUCGUGAUCGCGGGGAGGCCAGACGCCACCUGCACUCGGCACACAGCAUAUCGAGGGUGAACCUAAAUGGGUUGCCGUCUGCAUCCCAUAAUCUGCGGACCAUUGACUCGUUACCCUAUCUGCUGGCACGGCCACCCAUAGCUGGCCAUUUGCGUGAAAUAGUCAACGCGAUGGACGCCAGAUCCACCCACGCACGGCCCACCGUCGAUAGAUCGCCUCGCCACAUGGGGCUCAUGGGCAGACUGUACAAGGUGCGGCUGCUGGGCGAGCUGGUGGAAGUGGUGGAGUCCGUGCAGGGUGAGGAGGAGUUCUGUGAACAGCUCCACCGCCGACUGAUGGAGUUCCGGCGAACGGGCUUUCGCGACAUGGAGCCGCUGAUCUUUGGCAGCGAUGAGCAGGCCGAACUGAUGGGACAACCACUGGAGCGAUACCACUUCGCGGAGGCCAUUGCCUACCUGGACCAGAAUAUGCGCCUGGACAGGGAUCUCUAUCAGCUGGCUGAGGACUCCCUCAAGCGGUUCAAGAACCAACGGGCCGUGAUGUACACGCGGGCCAGUGAGGCACAGAACAAGUUCUAUGAUCUGCUUGAUCAGCUCGUUGAGGGCGAGAAUUGCAGCGAUAUGAACAUUAGGGUACGCAGCGAGCUGCACGAGUUGUCUGGGGCCCGAAAAUGUCUGCGCAGGGUGGUUAAUCAGAUGAUAAUCCAUCCCCUCUCGGAGCGAACCUACAGCGAGACGAUGCGUAUGAUCAAGUGCCUGGUGGCCAAGCUCUGCGUCCUAAUGCCAUUCCACAUACCGUGCACCAUCCGCUGGGGACUGAUCCGCAACGAGGAAGUUACCCACCUAAAUGACUCGCUAACCGACGAGCUAUCGUGCCUGCAGCUGGAACUCUAUCGCCAGCGGGAGCAAGUCUUUCUCGAUCGCAGCAUCGAGCAGGAGCGAAUCAGCGGCCAUCUGCUGGAGCUGCACGUUGGCAACGCCAAAGCCCCGGAGGAGGAGACGUCCGCGUCUGACUCGGGCUAUGACGCGGACAGAGACUUGGACAGCAGCUCCACCACGGACCAGCGAUCGGUCCAGCAGAGCGUGGGCGAGACGGCGACUCGCCGUCAGAACUUCUUGGACUGCAUGAGGCGCUACAAGGAGCUCGGCUUGCAUCUCUACCCAUUCGACGUCAACCGUCGUAGGACCGAACUGGGACUGCCCAACAUAAUUUCGGAAUCGGAUGAUGCGUCGUCCGGCACACAGCCGCCCAUAGAAUAUGAAGGCAUUGGCGAUGUGGUAGAUUGGCCCACACCAAUUAAUCAAACUAGUCUCUUUCCCCCCCAAGCUCUCGUCGAUCCGCCCUCCGACGACACUGAGCGGACCGUCAGUUUUAGUGACGAGGUAAUCUACGGUGAUCCAUACUGAUCCCAGCCAGCGUUCGGGUGUUCAAAUUCCCAGUAUAGAUACCAAAAAAAAUAUAUAUAUAUAUUUUGAGAGAUAAAAGACUCUUCCAACUCUCCCAUCUCUGGUAUCUUCUCGAUUGUAGAGU